GGAAGGAGGAAGAUGUCGGGAGGAGUGCCAGUCAUGUCGGGAGGAGUGCCGGUGGGAGGGGCGUUCGCUCCUCUUGAGGGGCUGGACGGGUCGAUCGAGCAGCCGCCUCUUGUGGGGGCAAGCAGCCUCGGAGGGGGCGGCGCUCCGGCCACGGGCAGCUUCUUGAGAGUGUUCUCCGCCUCCUGGGUGGCGAAGCCGCCCCUGCCGCUGGAGCUGGCCCCCGGGGAGGUGCAAGGCUUCGUGGUCUCCAUCUCUCCUGCGGGGGAACCGCUGCCCCCUCGGCGGGCGGGCGGGCACUUAGAGAGUCCGGUCACGUUCGUGUGGACCCUAGGCAAGGGCGGCGCCGCCGCCGUCGCAGGCAGCGGCGACGCCUCAACGGCCGCGGCGGCAGGAGCCCCCGCUGCUUCUGCUGGUUCGUCCACCGCGCAGCGGCAAUCGUCCUCCUCACGGUCGUCGUCCCCAACCCCGAUGACGUCGGCCUCGCCUUCGGCAGGGUUGCGGCCGACGGUGUCGGCGGCGACGCCGACAACCUCGGUGUACCUGGCGCAGUGGCAGUCGGAGCAGCGGGCGCGCGACGAGGUGCUGGUGAGGGUGAAAGGGCAGCCGAAGGUCAAGCUCAACCGGGUGUUCGAGGUGUCUCUCCAGGUGCGCAACCUAUCGGAUAGCGCUCGGGACUUGGUCGUGAUGUUCACGGAGGACCCCGCCCAAGACAGCCGGCGCCGCCGCGAUAGUGAGCAUCAAACCUUGUCUUUGGACGGCGGCGGCGGCGGCGGCGGUGGUGGCGGUAGCGGCCCAGUUGAAGGUAGCGAUUCGGACGGCGACGAUGACGGUGGGGCUGUCAAGGACAUCUCCCCUUCGGCCUCCCCGGGGCACCACAACCGAGGCGCAGGCUUCGGCCGCACCCGCUCCCCACCGCCACCGGCACCACGAGAGACCACCCAAGCCGCCGCUGCCACGGCGGCGGCAGCGGCGGCGGCAGCGGCGGCGGCGGCGGCGGCGGCAGCAGCGCCGACGUGCCUGCUCGGGGACCUCCUGCCGGUGGACGCGGCGGUGCCCCUCGGGCGGCUGGAGAGGGGCGCGGAGCACGGGGCAACGGUCAGGCUCACGGCGGCAAGGGCGGGCCUGGCCCGGCUGUCGAGCCUCUGCCUCAGGGACGCGCUGACCGGGUCGGUCUACGCCCCUUCCUGCCCUUACGAGGUGUUCGUGGAGGGGUAGGGGAAGGAAGAGGCUGUGUAGUAGUAGUAGUGCACGAACCGGCCCCGCGUCGAUGACGAUUGGUUGGAGACGUGUACGUCUCGUGUCUCGUGGCGUGUUUUUUUUUUUUUUCUGUUGCUUUUAGAUUUUCGAAACAACCCAAGCCCUUCGAACGGACGUGUCCGUGGGGGGGAGUCGUUUGUGGUAAUUCGCGCGUAACAAUGACGGGCGCCAUGAUUGGUACGCUGGCCGGCGGCGGUGUAACAUAGUGAGGCGCGAGUGUAGGGUCUUUGAGUCUAGCACCGAUGUUUAGCGAACGCCUUAGUCGGGACAAAAUGGUGCUUUUACCCCAUCCCACCAUACACAAGACACUGGGGCUUGAUGCGAGGCGCCAACGUUAGCACACGGGUGGGUUACACUUGGUACUACUGUACGGGUAGGCCUACCCAGCUCUUCGUAGACGGAAGGUUGUACCGUGAAAAAUUUGGUUGCGUGUCGACAGCAUUCAGCAGCAGCCAAUGUCGAAGGAGGGAAGAAGGACAAGUUCCAAGCAGCCGGACUGCUCUCGAUGUUCCUCUCGGCGAACAUCUGUGGGGAUACAUGGUGCGUUUGCCUCUCCAGGUUGUUGUAGCCAUGUACCGACGGUUGUUGUUGUUGUUGUC